CUUCGCCUUCCUGGCUCAGUCGCUCCCUCCCUGUGUUUCCGAACUUAUACUGGUGUGCGACCAUGGCCGAUCAGCCCAGCCAGCUCGCAGAAGCCCUCCAUGAGCUCCAUGAGCUUGUUACGUCCGUGCGAAAUGUCCGUGCAACACAGUUGGUGUCAUUCGUAACCGCGACGAUCGUCAUUUAUGAUUAUAUCGUAUGUAUGGAGCGGGAGAUAGAGCUGAUAUGGAAGAAGCGGUGGUCGGUGAUCAAACUGGCCUUUUUGUGGCAUCGAUAUUUUGGGGUGGCAUGCGUCCUCUUCCAAGUUUACGCAUUCAACUCGCCCAUUAUCAACGACGAAGUCUGCACGUUCUGGUUUUACUGGGAAACAUGGGGAUACUGCGGUAUACUUUUCACCUCUGAAGCCGUGCUCCUGUUGUGGAUCUACGUGGUCUACAAUAAAAACAAGUGGAUAUUAGCCCUAACGGGCAUCUGCUACAUCGCAGAAAUUACCAGUGUCGUGUCGAUCCUGACGAUAUCAUUCGAGCACUUUGAAGCCAGAGCCUUUCAUGCAAACCCCAAUGUCGACUUCUGUUUUCUACAUGUAGAAUCGCCAUUCCCACUCUUGUGGGUGCCCAUCCUCGCAUACGACUCCCUGCUGCUCCUCUUGUUCGUGUAUCGAGGAUGUGCAGGGAUGACGUCGACGCGUGGCUGGCGGUGGGCAUAUACGUACGACGGCCUGCUAGACAUGAUCUACAGGCACUCGCUAUUGAACUUCCUCGCCAUCUUUGCUUCGUACUUGGCAUGCGCACUCAUAUGGAUGACCUCCAGCGAUAUCGGGACCUACCAAGCCCCAGUCGCGUUCGCGCUCUCGCUCAGCAUCACGAACUGCACCCGCCUCCUCCUCAACAUCCGGCGCGCGUACUACUCCGGCGUCGGCGACCCCAUUCUCUUCAACAUCCGCGACCUCCCGGCGACAGGCGCGAACACCCCCGUCGCGAUCGACCUCCCGCUGCACGUGCCCGUGUCGCCCCUCGCAGAGUCCUCCGCCAUCUCCGCGUUCACGUCGCUGUCCGAGACGACGCUGCGCGAGGCGACCGUCACGCCCACGAGCACCCUGUGCGCGCCGAGCGCGAGUCCCCUGGGCAGCGAGCGCGUGCCGAGCGUGAGUCCUCUAGGCAGCGGGCGCGUGGCGCUCGGACGCCAGCGCGAGGCAGCGAACGGGCGGACCCUUGCGCCGACGCCUGUGUCUCUGUCGACGGCGACGUCUGCAGAGACGCUCCGCCCGCCGGCCGCGCCGCGGCAUGCGCACGAGUACCCGCGCGAGAGCACGCGGGUGGAGGUCUCGCAGGGGAACACACGGACAGUGUACGUCUCGGGGGAGGUGGACCUGGAUUGGUGGCACGUCGAGCUGCGGGAGAUGCGCGCGAGUCCGGAUGUCUCGUUUGGACAGGCCGUCUGAGCGCUCUGCGGUGGGGACGAUGACGUGGUUGCGGCUCUGCCUCUUCAUCUGACUGUGGGGAGCUUACCUAUGUAGGUUGUAUAUACUGUAUAUUUACUGCGUACGAUUGGUCGUGGAGUUGGCCACGGGUGGCCGUGUGCUGUAGCAUAUCUAUUCAUGAUGUUCG